GGGGUGGGGAGGAACGGUGGACCGGGAGCGUCGGCUUGAUGCGAUGCUGCAUAUGCACACAGCUUAUAUCCGACUACAGUUAAUGAUCAAUAGGUAUAUAGAAAACAGCUUAAGUUUAGGUGUACCAUGGAAUAUCAUGUAAAGAAGGAUAUGAUGUUAGCCGUUAAGACCUACGCGGCCCGAAAUACGGAAUCAUGGUGUCGACCGGUUUAACGAAGGAAAGCCCCAUUAUCAUAGUGGGCGCUGGUGUGUUUGGAUUAUCAAGCGCUUUGCACCUUGCAAAAGCUGGGUAUAAGAACAUCACGGUUUUUGAUAAACAACCAUACGCAGACAAUGCUUAUUCUACAACGGAUGGAGCCGAUGCGGCAUCUGCCGACUUUAAUAAGGUCAUGAGGAUGAGCUACGGUGAAGAGAUCGAGUACCAACGACUUGCAUUUGACGGCAUCAAGACUUGGGAUGCAUGGAAUAAGGAGAUCCAGUCAUCAAGGCCGGAAGACCUACCCCGCGGUCUCAAACCGUCGGAUCUUAUAUGGAACAAUUGCGGAUUCCUUCGGAUGAGUAUUGACGGGGAAUUAUCGCCGAUCGAACGGGCGACACUCGCGAACUUGACUCGUGAAGGUUUACGUCAGACUCAAUUCAUAAUUGGUGACCCCGAGGACGAGAAACGAGCUAGAUCUCACUUUAGAAGUGGGGAAUGGGAGAAGAAAUCUGACCCGUUCGGACGAAGGAGACAGGGGAAGAAACUCGUUGGUGUUUUCGAUUCUACUGCCGGGUUUGUCGAAGCGAGUAAGGCAUGUACAUGGGUGAUGCACCUUUGCCGCAGAAGUGGCGUCCGGUUCAUCCUGAGCGAGAAGGAAGGACAGGUCGCUUCAUUCAUCAAGAACAAGAGUGGCAAGACGACUGGUGUACGCACCGCGUCUUGUACCGAAUAUCAGGCCGAACUCGUGGUACUAGCAGCUGGUGGUUGGACACCCUCCUUAUUUCCAGCCGUAUCAUCGCUUCUUGAGACAACCGCUGGGAGUGUAGUAUACUUCCAAUUACCGCCGAAAGAUCAAGCACCGGAUCUUUGGGACAAGUUUUCUCCGGAUAAUUUUCCAGUGUUCGCUUAUGGAGGAUGGUCGAAGGGCCAUGGUAUUGGUGGCUUCCCACGAACGGAAGAUGGAAUCGUGAAGAUUGGGUACCGCGGUACCAAGUAUACCAACUAUGAGGACGUUCGGGAUCCCACCACUGGUAAAACGCACCGGAUUAGCGUUCCAAAGACGAGAUAUUGGCCACAGUCUUAUGAUCCCGCUAUCACUAAACAAGCGGUCGAUGCUAUUAAGGAGGUAGUAAAGGAAGCGAUGCCUGAGCUUACAGCAAUUGGAAUCACUGGUUGCAGGAACUGCUGGUACAUUGAUAGUCUAGAUAACGGAUUCCUUGUCGACCGUGUGCCCAAUGAUGACGGUAUGCUCAUCUGCUCGGGAGGCUCCGGUCAUGGGUUCAAAUUCCUUCCAAUUCUUGGCCGGGAAGUCGUUAAGAUCAUCGAGGACCCAACGGCUAAAAAUACCUACGGCAAGUUAUGGCAAUGGAGAACUAAAGAUGCUAGCGCAAAAAAUGGAUUAGAACAAGGGGAGACGGGUCCUAGAAACUGGAAAAGACAGAUUAUGGCAACGAAAGAAGACUGGCAAUUUAGGGAGAGUUCUAAGCUCUAAUCAAUAAGCUGUGCUAAACGCUUUUUUUUCUUAUCUCUUUAAAAAAAAAACCCUUAUUUGCAGAGUAAUUGCAGAGUGUUCGCCAGGCUUGCUGGUGACCCUUCGAUCUACAGUAUCUAGGUAUCUAGUACUUCUUUGGGUACCUGUAU